UAUUGAUUCAAUUUUCUGGCUCACUGAAUCGCCUCGGGAUUUUUAAAAAUAAAAUGAACUCUUAUAAGAAGCGUUCAGCCGGGUUAUAAAGAGACUUGACAGCCGGGUACCUGAUGCGUUUUCGGAAAACGUCCAUUCUGGGUUCAUUCUGUGUUUUGGUGCUUUGUUUACCAAAAAAUGGCUGGCCUAAGAAAGCUUGUCAGUGAAUUAGAACAAGAGGUGAUCGACUUGAGGCGUCAACUUGUGGAGAAGGAACAGCACUUGGCCCUGGUGAAGUCUCAGGUGGAAUACUCAAAGGAAGAGCCCAAUAAGCUGACCAAUGAACAGAUCGCCAGAUACAGCCGGCAAAUCCUGGUUCCGGACAUUGGCAUUCGUGGGCAGCUGAAGCUGAAAGAAGCCUCCAUCCUCAUUGUUGGUGCUGGUGGUCUCGGUUGCCCAGCUGCUGUCUACCUAACUGCUGCUGGAAUUGGCACUAUAGGCAUUGUGGACUAUGACACCGUCGAAAUUAAUAACCUUCACCGGCAGACUCUCUUCACGGAAGCUGACAUUGGCACCGCAAAAGUCACUGCUAUGGAGAAAACUCUGUACCGGAUGAAUGGACGAGUGAAUAUCAAUCCUUACCAUGCACAGUUGAGCAGUAAGAAUGCUUUGAAAAUCAUUUCUGAAUAUGAUAUUGUGCUGGAUGCCACUGAUAAUGUAGCCACGAGGUAUCUACUGAGCGACGCUUGUGUCCUGGCAAAGAAACCGCUGGUAUCCGGCAGUGCCCUCCAAUUCGACGGUCAGCUGACGGUAUACAACUAUAAGGACGGACCUUGCUAUCGCUGCAUUCACCCAAAGCCACCAAAUCCUGAUCACGUGCAGAACUGUGGUGAUGGUGGAGUUCUGGGGCCCAUCACGGGUGUCAUUGGCUCUUUGAUGUCACUUGAGGCUAUCAAGAUACUCCUAGAUUUUCAAGGAGUUCUCUCAAGGAGUCUCCUCGUCUUUGAUGGCUUCGAUGGAAGGUUCCGGACGCUGAAAUUGCGUGGAAAAACUGCUGAUUGUGCUUCUUGUUCAGAAAAUCCGACAAUAAUCGAAUUGAUCGACUACGAAAUGUUCUGUGGAGCUCCGGCGAAUGAUAAAGAUCGUCAAGUGGAUCUACUACAGUCCAAUGAGAGGAUAUCUGCACAAGAGUACCUUGAGAUUACGACAACGAAAACACCACAUCUCCUGGUUGAUGUGCGAAUGCCCAAUGAGAUGGAAAUCUGCGCUCUUCAAAAUUCCAUGAACAUCUCAAUUGAGGACAUAAAGAGUUCCAAGAUUGAGGACAUCGCGAAGGAUUUGGCCAGCAAGAAACUUCCCAUUUUCAUUGUGUGUCGUCGUGGGAAUGACUCUCAAAAAGCAGUAAAGAUGUUGAAAGAACACAUCAAAGGUGAAAAUGCCCCAAAAGACAUAAUUGGAGGACUUCACGCCUGGACGAAGAAUAUUGAUCCAGGCUUUCCAAUCUACUGACAUCAGU